AUGAGUUUAGCACCGUUCUUUGAUAAUGCCCCAAGCAUAAUCAAUAAACCAGAUGGAUCAGUUCUGUUCGAGUGCAUGUGCAACGCAAAUCCAGAACCUACUGUUAAAUGGUAUUUCAAGGACGCCGAACUUACUGGAGAUCGUUACAUAUUCAAAGUGAAAAAAAUGGUUGGAAAAUACGCAUGUACAAUGAUAAUGAAGAAUCCAACUCUACAAGAUCAAGGCAUCUAUAAAGCGGUCGCAACAAAUAAGAAUGGAACUCGUUCAGUGGAACAAAGCUACGUGAAGGUGUGUACUGCUGACGAGGUUUUUAAAACGCAAUAG